AUGGAGAAAUCCUUGGAUUUGAACAAAGAUGCCUCCCGCUCAACAUCAUCGUUACCACCUGAACCGGUGGACAUCAUUCGCAGCAAGUCAUGUUACCGCAGAGUACGCCUGAAUGUUGGGGGUCUCCCACAUGAGGUCUUGUGGCGAACGUUAGAUAGGCUGCCACGGACACGUUUGGGAAAGUUAAGAGAUUGCAACACCCAUGAUUCUCUGAUGGAAGUGUGCGAUGACUACAACCUCGAGGAGAAUGAGUACUUUUUUGACCGACAUCCUGGGGCUUUUACUUCAAUUCUGAACUUCUACCGCACAGGUAAGCUGCACAUGAUGGAAGAGAUGUGCGCCCUGUCCUUCAGUCAAGAGCUUGACUACUGGGGCAUCGACGAGAUCUACCUGGAGUCCUGUUGCCAGGCGAGGUACCACCAGAAAAAAGAGCAAAUGAAUGAGGAGCUCAAACGAGAGGCCGACAAUAUGAAAGACAGAGAGGGAGACGAAUUUGACAACACCUGUUGUGCAGAAAAACGUAAGAAGCUCUGGGACCUCCUGGAAAAGCCCGGCUCAUCUGUUGCAGCAAAGAUCCUGGCCAUCAUCUCCAUUCUCUUUAUUGUGCUAUCCACCAUUGCCUUGUCUCUGAACACCCUCCCAGAGCUGCAGGAAACAGAUGAGUUUGGCCAGUCCUCAGAUAACCCACAACUGGCCCACGUGGAAGCUGUAUGUAUUGCCUGGUUUACAAUGGAGUACCUGCUCCGCUUCCUCUCCUCUCCAAACAAGUGGAAGUUCUUCAAGGGUCCUCUGAAUGUCAUUGACCUGCUAGCAAUUUUGCCCUACUACGUUACCAUCUUCCUGACAGAAUCCAACAAGAGUGUGCUGCAAUUUCAAAAUGUUCGCCGCGUGGUGCAGAUUUUUCGGAUAAUGCGUAUCCUGCGUAUCCUGAAGCUUGCUCGUCACUCUACAGGUCUUCAGUCGCUGGGGUUCACUCUUAAGAGGAGUUACAAUGAGCUGGGCCUGCUUAUCCUAUUCUUGGCCAUGGGCAUCAUGAUCUUCUCCAGUCUAGUGUUUUUUGCUGAGAAGGAUGAGGAAGAUACAAAGUUUAAAAGCAUUCCAGCUUCUUUCUGGUGGGCUACUAUUACUAUGACCACAGUAGGCUAUGGUGAUAUAUACCCAAAAACUCUACUAGGAAAGAUUGUGGGGGGUUUAUGCUGCAUAGCUGGAGUACUGGUUAUUGCCCUACCUAUUCCCAUUAUUGUAAAUAACUUCUCUGAAUUCUACAAGGAGCAGAAGAGGCAGGAAAAAGCACUCAAACGAAGAGAGGCCCUAGAGAGAGCAAAGAGAAAUGGUAGCAUUGUCUCAAUGAACUUAAAAGAGGCAUUUGCUCGUAGUGCAGAAUUGAUGGAUGUGGUGGUAGAGAAGAGCGAGAGGCCUCAUGACAACCAUCUUUCUCCAAGUCAUUGGAAAUGGACUCCCAAAGGAGCUGCAUCGGAGACAAGCUCAAACCGUUCCUUUAAUGCACAUGAAGGCUCUCCCGACAAGGGCCGAGACACCAGUCCUCAGAGGAUAAAUGUUCAGAAGCUCGAGGAGAUGUACAACCAAAUGGCCAAGACACAAUCCCAGCCAAACCUCAAUGCUAAAGACAGGGGCUCUAGAGCUGGCAAACAGAGGGACGAGAUAGAAUUGGGGGCCAUCCAGGAUCACAGGCCAACGGUGCUAGGAACCAGGGAAGGAGUGGGUGACAUGAAAAGCCUGUCCAGCAUUGACAGCUACAUCAGUUGUGCUACAGACUUCCAGGAGAAUCCACGCUUCACCCAUAGUCCAGCAAUGGACAUUGGUCUUCAGGAAAGCAACAGGUUCUCCCACAGUCCGGCUAUAGCUUUUUCCCAGCAUGGGAACGCAAAAACAGGCCAACAAAUCACUGGGGAGCGUGAGCCCAUGUUGACUCCCAUCACAAAACCCUCAUACUCAGAGAAUGCACGGAGAUUCUUUUUUCCUGGCAACUCCUCAAAAAGCAUUAUACCCAAAGGAGGCUGUCGCAGCGAUAGGGGGUCAGGCCCGUCCCCGCUCUCAGACAGCUCAGUCCAGUCAGACAACUCUCUGUUAAGCCCGGAAGUUUCCGUCUACACAACCGCCAGCAGCAGAACUCCACCGAAGUCCCCAGAGAGCACGACCCUGGCGGCAACUGUCUUCACCUUCCACGACUCCUCCAUUAGCAAAUACAUCGACGCCGAUACAGAUGAUGAUGAGCACCUCCGCGACAUCUCUGAAGCCAGUCCUUCAGAGCGUCUUUUGGCUGGUUCAAGCCCAAAACGCAGCAUCAACAUCAAUUACCAGAAGGGCACCAACCAUUUAGAAACAGCCCAAAAAAUGCUUGGCCAGAACUGUCUGUUCCCGAAUGAAGGAAUUCGUAGGGUAGUUCAUGAGAAUCAUGUAGGACCUGAGAUGGCACGUAGACCAAAGGUUGACAGGGGGCGUCAACAUACUUUGGAUAAAGGCCUCUGAGGCACAAGUGCAGCAGAAAUGAACAGGGAGCUGGAGCAGAGUGUUUACUGUAUGAUGGAGACAUCGGACAGACUGAAAACACAGAGACAAAGAGGAAUAGACAAAGGAUCUCACCAAAACAUUUCACAAAUUAUCUGAGCAUGCCAUAAGGCACUACGCUCAGGGUCAACAGGUGUGGUGAAUACUCUGGGAGAAAAAAACUUCAACAUUGGAGAAUGUCACUGCCCCUCCUUCAACUCAUUCCUACUACUGGUGUUACACAAAACAAAAGAGCACUCCCAGGUAACCUACGGGUCUGUUCAGAGAUACCCGUGGAAUCAGAGUCGAUAGAGACAUGUGGUGAGUUUAAGCAGCAGGGGGAUAUCUCUUAUCUCUCCAGGAAAUAAAUCCUAGCUGCCGGCUAUCCCAUUACUGAUUCCCAGUUCAUUUUGUAGUCUUGGAGAUACAGGAGAGGACCUACAAGCCUAUAAGCUACUAACUUGUGCCCUCCAUUCCCAAAACUGGCCUUAGUCAUUUACAUUUGUAGGGGUGUGCAUGUCUGCAUAUACCGUAAGGGUAUAUGUGCAUGUGUGUGAGUUAGUGUGAAUGUUGAUGGGUGAUCUAAUGUUAAUUCAUGGAUACACACUCUUGAGAUUGUCUUACCUGAUUUAUUUUUAUAUAGAAAGUCCCUUAUAAAUAUAUGUAAUUUGCUAGUCUGCUGUGUCAUAUUCAUAUGUGAAGAGUAAUCUGGUGUGAGGGGAAAUGUCUUGGCACAGCAGCAGUUAUCAAAAGCUCCAGCCCAUCAUCCAUUAAACUGAACACUCUUUCUUGAACAGUAUUUUGCUAUUCCCUAUGCUAUCAUGACACGGUGAGAAUGGAUGAUACUUUCAAAUAUUGACCAGUGAAUAUUGUCCUAGCACCCCAGUAUGAUUUUAAGGGAUGGUAGUGGUAGUGAACCAAUCAUUUUGUAUAUGGGCUAACAUAGGAGCCUGAGAUAAUAAGCUUGAUUGCUGCAUAAAGCGCACAUUUCUGAAGCAUGCAUGCAUCCAACCAGUCAACAUACAAAAACAUGAGAUGCUUUAGAAAAUGAAAUAUAUAAAAAUCCAAUAAUAUCGUUUUUUCUUUACUGCAGGAGCAGAUGUUCAGCAUGCAUUGGCCUUCUUUUGACCAACACAAAAGCAUCUAAUGUAUUCACACUCUCAGAUAAUGGAAUAUGUGUGUAUUCCAUCUCUACUUUGCUCCUUUAAUCGUCAAAUAAACUUUAAUGGCACUAAAUAUACUCCGCCAGGUUAACGUUACUGUAGGCAAGUCAGUUGUAAAUGCGGACCUGAUAAAACUCAUGCAUGAGCACACACACCCACUAAUGACACAUACAGGCAUGAAAAACCAUUUUCAGGAUACAUCGAUACAUUUAGUUUCCAUGGUGACAGCAGCCUUCUUUUAAGGCUGGCUGCAGCUCAGCAAAGGUUUGUUAAUUGGGGCGGGAAAGUCUGAUUGCAUUUAACGUGUGUUUAACACAUACACAUGAACACACACACACACACACACACACACAC